CUUCGCCCCCUCAUCUCCUUCCCUCUCUAAAUGACACAACUCCCAUGUUCCGUUAAACCUCUGGCCAUAUUUUCCGAACAACUUUCUUUUUUCCCCCCGCGGGACAUUUUUCUGGGGCCGAAACUUUUCUGGCGUGUGUUCGUUUCUGGAGUUGACACAGCAGUCGUUCGCUCUCAUAUGUGGAUUCUUUGAAAAAGCCCAUUUUAACAGCCCAGGAAAUGCAGCGUUUUCUCCCGCCCAGAGGGAUCGCUGCUUAACUGAAUCCCGACAUGGAAGAACAUACAGAUAUCUCCAAAAACAAAUAAGUACGCUAUGAGGAUUUAAAUGUUUGUGUUAACGCACAGCCUGCUGUGAUUCAGCUCCAUCUCGUCAAAAUGAUGUUUUCGUCCCUCUCGCUGUCUCAGGAUGAGUUCCAUCCGUUCAUUGAGGCUCUGCUGCCCCAGGUUCGUGCCUUUGCCUACACGUGGUUUAACCUCCAGGCCAGGAAAAGGAAGUACUUCAAAAAACAUGAGAAGAGGAUGACUAAAGAAGAAGAGAGAGCUGUCAAAGAUGAACUACUUGGGGAGAAGGCAGAGGUGAAACAAAAGUGGGCCAGUCGUCUUUUGGCUAAGCUAAGAAAGGAUAUUAGACCUGAAUGCAGGGAAGACUUUGUCCUAUCAAUCACCGGGAAGAAAGCUGCAUGUUGUGUCUUGUCAAACCCUGACCAGAAAGGCAAAAUGAGACGCAUAGACUGUCUCCGACAAGCUGACAAGGUGUGGAGAUUAGACCUGGUGAUGGUUAUCCUUUUUAAAGGAAUCCCACUGGAGAGCACAGAUGGCGAACGGCUGGUGAAAGGAGGCCAGUGCUCCAAUCCAGUCCUCUGUGUCCAGCCUCGACACAUCUCUGUCUCUGUCAAGGAGCUCGACCUCUACCUUGCUUACUAUGUGCAAGAGAGAGAGGCCGAGCAGAGCAGCAGUCCCAGUCGCACCGGUGUGGGUUCUGAUCAGGAGGACAGUCGAACUGCCACCAUGGACGGUCCAGAGUUCCAGGAGAGUUUUGUGACAUCAGGAGUUUUUAGUGUUACUGAGCUUGUUCAGGUCUCGAGAACUCCCGUUGUAACAGGAGUAGGGCCUGGUUUCUCUGUGGGGGAGCUCCAGGGUCAUCUGGCCUAUGAUCUCAACCAGUCUGUUAACCAGCCAGUCAGUCUCAGACGAUCACUGGCCAGCACCUCAUCCAGCGGGAGUAAACGUCAUAAGUCUGGCUCUAUAGAGGAAGAGGCUGAUAGUCCAGGUGGGGAGUAUUACCAUUCACCUUCCUCACCAGCCAGCAGCUCCAGGAACUGGACUGAUGACAUGGAAGGAGGGCUGUCUCCUCCAGUGAAGAAGGCAGAACUGGACAGUCCUUCUCCCCAGGAAGACUCACCAAGAAUGGGUUCCUUUACUCAGCACCACCGGCCUGUUAUAGCUGUCCACAGUGGUCUGUCCCGGAGUCCACAUCCCUCCUCAUCUCUUCACUUCCCAUCUUCCUCCUACUUCCCCCAUGGAGCGAUCCGUUAUCCUCCUCAUCUUGCCCAAGACCCUCUAAAGGAUCUGGUUUCAUUAGCCUGUGACCCUGCCAAUCAAACCCCUAGCUCACUGAAUGGGAGUAACCAGGUCAAAGUGCCCAGUCACUACAUCUCAUCACAAAUGUUGGCACCCCCUGGACCUGCACCCUCCCUGGCGAGUCCCCCAUCCUCCCUUUCUAGGCCGACCCUUCCUACAGAGUCAAAAGCUACUACCACGUCCUCUGAUGCAGGAGCAAACUCCCCCACAUCACCCACAUACUCUGCCCCGGGGACCCCUCCAGCUAAUCGAUCAUCCUUCGUGGGAGUCACCCCUCGAGACCCAGGUGGACUCUACCAAGCUCAGUCUUGGUAUUUGGGCAACUGAGGGAACUUUGGAGGAAACGUGAUUGUCAUGACAGUAAACUUCUGGGGGAAAAAAAUAAUGUUGUGAAGACAUUUCCAGAGGAAAAAUAUAUUAACCUCUGGUCAUACAUAUAUAUAAAUAUACUUUGCAAUAUAUUUAUAUAUGUGUAAAGAGACGUCCUGGAUGGAAGAAGGAUGCUGGGCUCACUCAGCCGUUUUAUAUCCCCAGAAUGAACUAUGCUUUAUGACAUUACAUGUUUGUCACAAAUGGCAUAUUUUCAAAGAAAAGUAACGACUUAAUGCAGAGGUUUCAUUGGUCCAAAUGAACUACAGACCAGAACCAGGCAUCAACACAUCAGAUUCUCAGACGCCUGAAACUUAACUGUGUCCCCAGGAUGAGUCCUGUUUCCCUGGGAUGGAUGUCAGCCUUGACCCCUGUACCCUGGAUCUCGACACUAAGUCAACUACAAGGCCUGUGUAGACCUCAUCCCUCCCUCAACACUUAAAAUGCCCCACUCUCCGCUGCAGGUGCUGCUUAUAAUAUAUGCAAAUAAGCCUCCUUUAAUUUCUGAACCGACCAGAAGAGGUCCUCUUGUUAAUAUUUAAUGUUUAUUUGCACUUUUUAAGUAUGUUAUUGAUACGUCUGAAGAAAAUUACAAGCUGAAUAGCGCAGUUUAUUUCACUCUUCCCAACAAAACACAGAGGCUUCAUCUUUUUUAUUGACAAUCAUCCACCUGAAAUUAUUUAGUUGCUUUGCAAGGCUCAUGUUUGUAAGACUGUUUGAUUGUGCUCUUUGGUAGAAAACAACGAGUAAUAGUGGAAUAUAAGAGCUAUAUUCAUGCCUCCUCCACAGCACACAAUGCUACAGCUGAAAGCAAGUGUGGAGCAAGGCCCAGUUUUACUAUGCCAUGUUAGAGUGCAUGAGUGGGCCGUGACCUCAGUUCCAACGUACAGUGUUUUGACAUUGACGUGAAUUCCUCAGUAGAAUUAUCAAAAGGCAAACACAUACCUGGAUCAUGUGGCAGCACAGCCAGCAGUACAUUGGCUGCUGAAUGUGGCUGAACUGUAGCCUGGUUGUGUAAUGUAGUGUGCGUGUGUGUCUGUAGAUGAUUGUGUAUGAGAAUGUGAUGGUUCCUGCAUUUCCACACUCAUUCCUGCUUUGAAGAGAUGUCCUGUAGUUUCUGUUUGUCUCAAUAUGACAGGAUCUGUGUUUGUGUGUGGGUGGGUUAGAAAGAGAUAAAGCAGGUGCUGCACUAUGAUUACAGUAAAAUAUGUUUUUUUCAAAAGGUAUGAUGCGGUAUGUUGCCAAGCUGGAGGGUUAGCAGACUGUUUUUGUUUUUGAUGAAGUUGUUGAUGCUGAUGAGCAUGUUAUGCAUAUAUGACUUGAACUGUGGACAAAAUCUGGGUGUGUCGUCUAGCUGUAGAAUAACUGGUGGCCCCUGAGAAGUUCUGCUCUGUGUAGUUCAACCCCAACCCAAUCUGAACAACAUGUGUGAUGGAACAGCAGCAGUAGAGUUUGAUUUGGGACUGGGCUGGGUGACACAGGUGAACAGAAGAACGGAGCUAGAGUUGUUUUCCAGUUUGAAGUGCCAACAUCAACAAAUUAAGCAUUUUAAGGUAGGUCGCGCCCUUGGUUUUCUGUGUAAAUGUUGACACAGAGUUUGCAUUAUUGCUAGUGAGGCAAAGCAGUGUUCUGUUAUCGCUGACGUUUCACAGCUUCAGUUAUCAAAUACAUUUCUAUAGUGAUCUAUUGAAAGGCUUACAAGCUGCAUUUUAACAUUGACUGAAAUCUUCAGAAACAUUUAAAUAAGGUGAAAAAACAAAACAUAAUGAUGAAAGAAUGAACAAAAUUGAGGAUCAGAUUCUUAAAUGCACCUUAAACAGCAUCAGUUCUGGCAAGUAAAAUUCAUUGUAAACUCUAAAAGAAACAGUAGUAGAAAUGUGCACCAUGGCCCUUUGAUAAAUCUUACACAACAUCAUUUGUGUAAGAUAAUGUGACAUGUUGACGAUGUCAAAAUUUUUAAGAAGUAAUACAUUACAGUCUGUGCCAUACUUUAUCUCUAAGGACUGGUGACUCUAAAGCACUCUGUUAACACUUGUCGACGUAUUAUUUGUCCGUGGAUGUAACGAGGUAAAAAUGUGUUUUUGAUGGUGCAAUCUGAUUGGAUACCACACGAGAAGAGUUUCCGAGUAACCUGUAUUAUUCACAGGAAAUUUUCUGCUGGAUUGUUUCUGCAGUCUGUCAUUUUUUUCCACUUGCUUUCUGUGCACAGAGAGUGAGAGAAAACUCCUGACAUUGUUCCUUGGUGUAGUUGUUGUAGGCUGUUUCCAUGACCCACAUUUGUCUCCACCUCCCUGAAAAUAAAUAUUCUUAUUGGGAGAAAGUUAAAAAAAAAGUGUCCCCACUGCUGUGGUCUGACCAAUGACAGUUUUCUUCAAGCCCUAUGCUUCAGCACCUUCAAUGUGAAAUAAUACAAUGGAUAUUGGUUCAAAGAGCCAUAUAUUUUCAGCUUUAACUAGGAAACCCAGGAAUGCUCCCUAGGAUGUAGGCCUGAAUACUUUCUGUCCUCAGAAAAGAAAACAGAAUCUUGCAGAGCUUUGUUUCCACGUUCUGUGGAAUAAUAAAGCAAAACUCACCUGAGGACAUUUUAUCAUUCAGCAGGACAAUGAUUCAAUUCUAUAAUAUUCAGAUAGCACCAGUUUACAACAACAGUCUUCUCUUUAUAUGGUAAGGUAAACAUUAGGAAAUAAUACAGUAUUAGAGCCUCCUUUUAAGGGAGUAGACACAAAUUAAGAACAUGCAACAUGUAACUAUACAUACUUAUUGAGUGAGAAAAAGGGGAGAGGAGAAGUGCAUGUGCCCCAGCAGCAUUUAGCCAUUUGAAUUUGUCAUGUGGCUCAACAGCGCCAAAACUGGCUCAGUAGAUAAAAUAAAUGUUUGCAGUGUGUUCCAAUAAUAGUAUGUAAGGGGCAGGGGCAGGGAUAGCUCAGUAGGUAGAGUGUCUGCCCCAUGAUCGGAAGGUCGGGGGUUUGACUCCACUGAACGGCUACCCUGAGGUACCCCUGAGCAAGGUACCGUCCCUACACACUGCUCCCCGGGCGCUGCAUUGGUGGCUGCCCACUGCUUCACUGGGUGAAUGGGUUAAAUGCAGAGGAGUAAUUUCCCUUCGGGGACUAACACAACACACUUUACACUUUACUUUACUUAAUGGAACUUCAUGACUGACUUUUUUGUGUAGGGAAGACACUUUUUGUUUACGUGAUUAAUUCUGAACCCCUAAGCUUGUGGCGCUGUGUAUUUAAAAGGGUUUAUGCUCAAGUUAAAGCAGAGGCCAUAAAGAGAAAGUUCAAGAGCUGAAGAAGAUAGAAAAUUGCUUCACUGGGCUUCCAGUGAACCGUUAGGAAAGCAGGUGGUAUAGUCACUGGAAAUAUUGGACCCAGGAUUUCCAGUGAUAUUUCCAGUUUUGGUCAUUCUGCACAGGAAGCAAACAUCUGUGGGAUCAUGCAAACACCUUGCACCAAAAUGCACCAAGCAGCAGAAAGAGACAGCAGUUCACAGAUAUGGACAGGCUUCACGUGUGUGUUUGUACAGCAAUUCGGACAAAAACCAGAAUUUCCAUUUUAACAUUUUCCUUCUGUUUCUCCUGCCUCCUCUUGUCUUUACAUUUAUAAAUGCUUGUGUGAGUUACUAUGGGAAUGAGCAUGAAUUUUCUAUUUCUAAGGAAUCUUACUUGGACGUGUCCCCAUAUAAUUUGAAUCUUAUAUCUUGAAAUUUGAUUUGAUCUUGUCUGUUUUCUGUCAGGCCACACCUAAAAUGUACUUUACCUUGCAUUAGAGCAGAGAUGUUGGUGAAUUUCCUUUUUCUUUCCCGUGGUUUGGGGGCUAUAGCUAAGUUAAUUUAGUGCCUACAAGGGAUCAAUGACAUGGACAGAAAGUGUUGAUAUGAACUGGAUUUCAGUUUAAGGUUCAGUUAAAGUUGUCUUAAAGCUGAUGUAUAUUGCAUGGUGCUGUCCUGGUCGCUGUGCUGACCUAACCAAUGCAUGGCUCAACUUGAUAAUACCUCUCCAUCUCUGUCCUGCUCUUCCUCCUCCUUCUUUUCCUCCCUCUGUUCUGCAGACUACAUCAGAGGGAAGUGGAUGGAAGGCUAUAUGUUUCUUUGAAUUUAAUAAUAGCUCUGUUGUUAAACUUUUGCACGAUAUUUCGUAAAACACAUUAUGUGCCUUGCCUUUAGUUAAAGAACAGUAAUAUUUUAUGGAAACAUGAUCAUAUGUUUCACGGUACAAAAAAGCUGCAUGUGUGAUUACUCGACAUUAACCAGUGUAGCAAGUGCACAUUUUUUGGUUGUGGUGGUGCGCCACCUGAGAUAGUAACUUACGGCUAAGCUCUAUGAAAGCUUUCACUAGCUGUUUAUCAUCUACUCUGUUAUCCUAAAGAUAGAGCAAUUUUUACAGUGUGAAAGGAAGAGUGUGAAACUCUUUUUACUGUUGUAUGAAGAAAACAACUUUAUUCCCUAAAUAAUAUACAUUUGGUUGCCAUUAACGUAGCUCAGCUGUUAUAUCAUGACCUACUGAAAGUGUGAACUUGUUCUGUAAGGCCCCAGUGACGCAGGCCUGGAGAUCAGUUGACUACCAUCUGGCAACUACACAUGAGAAAAACGUGUCCUCGGCUACUCCGAGUGGUAGUGAAACUGUGAAAAGUGCCACACAAACCGGAAAUGGACAACCUGUGCCGUCCAACUAAAGGUUUUGCCCUUUACAGCUGGUUGGCUGAAGCAGUGAGGCUUAACUUUUACUUUGAAGGCAAAUGUCCUGUUGUUUCACUUUGCAUAGCAAGUUUUGCUCUUGCAGGUGUAGUGUUUGGAGACAACUUGGCAUCUUCCAUGCAAACUACUGUGGCAGUCUGCUCGCAUCUAAAGCAAUCACAAGGAAGUUUUUGAUGCAGCACCAUCUGUGUGAGCAAUUUCACCCAGAUACUGCCAGCAACCACUCGCCAUCUGGUUGGGAAAUAUCCAUAUUUCACUGGGAGGUUCCCAGAAGUUGACAGGUCUCUAGGCUAGUGUGACUGAGGCCUAAGUGUGAGAACAUGUAGACUGUGAUCCAGCCUCCAAAUAUAUACACCUGCUGUCAUAUCACUUAGGUCCCAUGCUUGAUUUAUUGCAACAAAAACACGUGAACACAUGGAAAAGACUGCAGUUCCCAGUAUUUUAGGCUGUUCCUUUAGACUCUGUGGAUUUUUCUGGUGUUAUCUGAGAUACUCAGGUGUUGACUGCACUCAUAUAGCUGAUUGGAUUCGGUGGCUGUGCUGUUUAAGGCUGGCGUGUAGGCUGAGGUGUCUGUGGGCUAAUGUAAGUGAACAUUAUUGGUGUUGCUAUGUGUAAAGUCACAUGCACACAUUGUUUGAUAUUUGCUUAGAUGUGUGUUAUAUGAAAAUGUGGACACCAUUGUGUUGUAGUAAAAUGUUUUUCUGGGCGUGGUUAAAUAUGGAUGGAAGCUUUGAUUUGAAUAUGACUCAGAGGCUAAAACACGGGCUGAGAAAGUCAAGUCCUGCCUAAAUGUUCGCAAUACAAACAAAAGCCAUCUUCAGAGGCACUGCUCAGCUCUAUCUACGUAACGUUUUAUUGUCCCAUGUUAGAUGCAUAUAGACACAUUUAAAGGUACUUAUUGCAGGGAAAAAUCUUGUUGGGCUUUAGCUAGUAUGGCCACGUAUGGUUGCCAUGUAAUGGAAGCAUGUUAAACAUGUACAGGUUUAGAUUUCAGGGCUUUGCAGCUUUAUGACUGGUGAUGAGAACACCGUCCAAUUGCCUAUAUGACGACUUUGAUCCUGUUACUCAGCAUGUGAUAAGAUACUAGAAAAGGCCAUAAAUGACUUUGAGUUACAUUAUUUUUACUCAUCUUUGCUUUAGGUUAUUUUUAGGUUUUCCUUGGGUUAUUAUUACUUUACUUUAGAAUUAUAGUUUUAAACACAUCAGUGUGUAUAAAAAUAUAUACAAAAUGCACUUAUUAGUUAUCAAGAUGUAUAGAAUGUUUAAAUCAUUUGUGGCUGUCUUAUACAGUAAGUGGAAACCAUGAAAUGGGGAAAAUUCUGUCUCUUAGAGAAAAAUGUGGACAACAAAGCUGUAGUGGGUGAGAGACAGGUGAAAUGACACAAUGCACAUACGGAGUUCACCCAACUGCUAAGACUUCACAAUCUCCUAAAUGUGUCAUUGUGAUAAAAAACGUUGACUGUGAUGUCACAUGUAGCAAUGUUUUUGUAAUACAUAAAUUAUGUCCUGAAAUAUUGAAACUUUUUUAUAGGAUCGAGCUGUUUGAAAUUACACAUUGGGCUUGACUAAUGAAAUGCUUCUUCUUACUGUAGCACCACACUUAUAAGAAUAUGGCCUUAUUUUUGCAAGCGUCAAUGAAGGUUGACUCAGCAGUUAAAAAUGUUUAGGUCAAGUAUUUGUGUGCAGAAAUGCUAUACAUAGAAAAACAAGGAAUAAUUUAUCCAAAUAUUUUGGUGAAAGUUAAACGAAAUAGGGGAGUGGUUAAAAAAAGCAUUCAGUCUUGGACUAUACUGGUCCAUCACUGCUUCAAAAAUAAAGGUCUUCACCACUGACACGUCAUCCGUAAUGGGGCAAACACUGACAGAGGCAGCAACGUGACGCUCUAGCAAGUUAGAAAUGAGCAAUAUCUGGUGAUUUCAUUGCGCAUCAGUUGCACAAACACUUUUACCCGCUGAGGAUGGUGAUGGUAUGGGAGCUUAUAGGGUGUGCCCUCAGGUAUUAGUUACUUCACACGCAGACCUAAGACUUGUAGCAAUACAGCAAGAACCCACCAAUCCUGGUCAGGUGUACAACUUUAGCAAAUCAGAGGAUCCUCAGAGACCUCCUGAUGGGAGUUCCAUCAGAAAUUAUGAGCCAAAGUGGAAAGUGUAAUUGAUGCUGCAAGAUCAUAAAUAGAAGCUGAGUGGUAGAAGCUUUAAUUCAGAGCUUUGGACUUUGAUAGUGGCUGUGAUUAUAAACCUUAAAUAACAUGUAUUUUGGCUUGAAUGAUAUCUAUUAACCUGACUAUGGCGAUAUAUCCAAAACUGUACGAAGGCAGACUGUGUUGCUUGUACGGUUACCAAAUCUUUAUGUACUUUACUUAAUGUUAAAACGAUGAAGCAGAGUAUUAACCUAUGAUGGGUCUGAUUGCGGUUAAGUUGCGAUGAAGCCCGCUAUUUGCAAACAUGUUUUUUCUUCACGUGCAUAGGAAAUAUAGAACUUCCUUUUAGAUUUAGUUGCUUUAAAAGUUUCAAAUACAUUUUUAACAAACACUACAGCCAAAAAUGCCCAUGCAAAAUGUGCAAGCGGUUUGCAAAAAACUGUACAAGCUUUGUAGUUGUUCCUUCUCCUCCAGCUGACGACCACAAUAGAAACUCCCGUAAACCUUCACCUGUGGAAAGAAUGUACGCACAGUUUACUGGCACGUGACUUAAAAUCUACAUUUUGGAUGCAAUGCUGUCAGGAAACAGUGUGAACUGUUGAUGUGCGUCUUCAUUUCUGUUUCCCACCAAACGAAAACCUGACAACAGGAUGCCUAAGUAACACACUCACCCUGCUGAGUGGAAGACACAUGCGCAGUACUGUUUAGGUGAUAGCGUUUCAAGCUUGUGCAGUAUGUUUACACAAUGUUUGAAAUAGAGGUCUAUCAUUAUCAUAUCAUCAUAUCAUAAAAUACUGAAAUCAAGAUCAAAUUUAUCAGGAAUUACAGCUAUUAAUUAAUCAUAAUUGGCAUGUCAAUUGUCUUGAUAUUAUGAUCUUUUUUUUUUGCUAUAAAAUUCAACUUUAAAGAAAGCGACACACCAGUUCAGGCUCUCAUGCAGACACUGUCCUCUUACCGAAAGUGUACAGACAUGCAAACUCAUCAUGUUCCUCGCUCUAUUCAAAUAAACCAGCAGGGCAGCAGCAACUGAAAAGUUCUACCAAAAACAAUGUCAAUAAGCAGUGCCUAUCACUUUACUGUUGGAGGUAUUUUGUAAGCCGUAGGUGUUGUUUUCAGACCCUACAUGGUUUGGUGACAAACAGUGUUGCCCUCACCGGUGCGGGUCCUGAAGUGACAAGCCAUACAACAAACCAAAGAGUUGAAGGAAAUCUAGAGCUAACACUGAGUGUGCAUUUUGGGGGACACUAAAGUUCAGAGGUUUUACAGUUUAUGGUACUUCAUUUUACGCUGUACUAUGUUCGGGGCCUACAGCUGUGUUCUAUUUUCAGCUUUUAUAGGUCACGCGUGAAAAUCAUUAUAAAUGCAGCACAAAUGUGAUGCCACAUUACAAAAGGAGCAUCUGUAUCAGUUGAUUUAUCCACUGCAGUGUGCUGUCAGUGCAUGGAGGUCUGUAUUAUCAUUAUUAUUCAGUUAUAAUAAUGUGUCAGUUGUAGUAAUCAGCUCUCUGAUUUGCUUUCACCCACUGUCUACUAUUUCCCCCUGUAGGCUAGUUCGCUUCACCCUCUUUUGUAAGACCCCACCCCCGCGAACACACACAAACACACACACACACACACACACACAGUGCAGUAAAUACACGCAUAUUUAUUGUGUGCCACAGAUACAGACUGGCGUUAACUGAGCGGUUGACUUGGUUCCCUCUAGAUUUUUUUGAAACUCUGUGGUUUAAAGACAAACAAGUGCUGUUUAGGCGGCCACUGUUAUUAUAGUUCAAAUUCUGAUAAUCAAUGUAUGUGUCCAUAUAUUUCAUGUUACACUGCAUCACACCAGAGUCCAAACUGCUUGAUGAUUGUGAUUAGCAGGUCAUGUUCAGUAUUGUGAACAGCUGUUUCUGAGUAAACAGUCGUACUGCAGGUGGUACUUCCUAUUUUUUAGUUUCACGGCUGCAGAUGAUCAGAUGUUGAACUGUCUGCUGUAUGAGGAACAAAGGGACUGCAGAGGGCUCUUUUCUAUGAACUAUCAAUGAUAUUCAAUGCUCUACCCUACUGCUGCUGUUUCCUGGAACAACUCCAUUGAUUUGGUGACUCCAAUAUGUGUUUCUUUUUUUUUGCUGUUACUUGAAAUGCAUGUUUGCUUUUUAAUUUUUUUAAUGGCCUUUGAAAACCUUUCCUGUAAUUCAGACUUACAGCAGGAAACCACACUUGGUUACUAAAAAUGGGAUUGUAGAGCUGCAGGUUUUCCUCUGACAGUGAUGCCAUAUUGAUUUGUUUCUGUAACUGAAAGUACAUUGCUACUGCACAGUUUACUCCAUGUGCUCAAGAAGGUAUGUAAUGAAUGAAAGUUUGUUUUCUCAGAGAAUAUUUGAAUGCAUAUUUGAACAUUUUUUUCCAUCAUAACUUUUCCAGAUAUUAUAUUAAAAGACUGCUUGCUUGCUUCCAGACAUAUAUCCCUUACAUCAGAGAAAGCAUAGGCAUUAAAACUUGUCAUCAGUUAUUGCAUGACUGCAAUUCACAUAGACUGUCGUCCUUUUCACAUUAACUCUAUAGUUGGAUUUGAGUUAGCUAUGUGAUAACAACAACAAAAUCUUUUUAUCACUUAAAAUGGUCAUGCAUGAUGCACACUGAGGUACGCUGGUACCUAAAAAUAACAAAGCUGCAGUGAAGCAGAGAGCGGUCCCCUGUUAUAGCGAUAUGGGAACGCCUCUGUGUUCAUUAUUGUGUACUUUGGUCACAGUUUUAACAUCUGGAUAGAGCUGAGUCCAUUCCAUUCCAUAUUGGAAAGCUGAAGUGCUGACAUUAAUCCUGACCUCGAGAUUUACUGUGGAAAGGGCUGCUGCUUCAAGCAGAAAGUAGUUUCGUGGCAGCUUUACCAAGCCUUUUAAGUACUUUUUACUAUGUGGAUUUUUUGUUUUUUUGUUUGUUUUCCAGCUGAAAUUAUUGUCAGUCAUAUAUUUUUGCAUGGCAUAAACUAAAGUCUCGCACUUACCGGUCUGAUCCUCUUUGAAUGUAUAAUGUUUGCGUGAAAGCCGUCUGAACCAGUGUUUAUGACCUUAUGUUAUUCAUCUGUUGUGGGGGAUAUUCAACCUUUAGAACCACAUUUAGACAUUGCUAUUGACAGAUUCUAAUGAAGUCAUUUCUGGAAAUGAGUAUGUUUCCCUAUGCAAAAAUAUACCAUUAAUAAACAUGCUAUUCUAAAACUCA